GCAGAUGGCAGCAAUGCACAUAGGGAUGGACUGACAGCCAGACAGUAGGAUAUUCUACUUUGGAGCCUGUGUGUGUGUUCAAUUGAUUUGGCAGGGUUGAUAUAGAUGGGCGGUAUAGCCUAUAGGGGGGUAUGGUUUUUUGACGCCGCGUAGUUAUAGAAAAGAGAAAUGGUAGGCUUCACGUCAUGUAGGGAGGGGACAGCGAGCUGCUCGGUGAACUGAGCAGGCUUUAAAAUUCUCCACUCUCUGAUUUAGAGUCAGAAUACAAAAUCUUCAAAAAGGAUUGGGCUUGCUGCGUUUCCACUGAUGUGCCCAUUCGUUUUGACAACUCCUGUCUCCAUAGUCCGGUUGUGUUUGUCCGUAUAGGAUUUAACGAUAUUUGGAAGAGUGAAGAGGAGAGGACACUUUUUUUUUAUCUCACCAUAGUGUCCAUUUUGGUGUAUCCAAAAUAGCUUUAUUUUGCCUCUUUAUUACAUUGACUUGAAGCUAUAGAUAACCCAUCAACAGACAAUAAGUCUUCUGAGGCUUGCACUUGGCAUUUUUCCACCCACCACGUCUCCAUUCCCUUUCCCUCGUGUCUUGCACUCGCCCUGUAAAACUCUGAAGACAAGACAUGAUGUGCCUGAAGAAAUAUUUCACAGAGGGCUUGAUCCAAGUAGCCAUCCUGCUCAGCCUGGUUGGCGUCAGAGUAGAUGUGGGGCCUUACUUGCCCGCCUCGCACGAGAUGAUCCUGGGCCCCACCUCUACCCUCACCCAGACCCAGUUCCACAACCAGCUGGACGGCCAGGACCUCCCCCCCAAGAGUGUAGACCUGGAUGGCUUCUUCACAGCCCGGAGGCUUCUGGGCUGGGUCCGCGCCCUGGACCGCCUCCGGGUGCCCAGCUCGGAGCUAGAAACCUGGCUGGUGCGGCGCGAACCUGAUGCCCUGGUGGUGGGGGCUCCUGGCCAGCCAGCCCCCCUGGAGGGAGGUGCAGGUGGGUUGGAGGUUCAUGCGGGUGACCAGGUGGGGUCGGUCAUGAGGUCAAGCGUGGUGGCGGGGUCGGAUUACGGGCCAAUCGGAGAGGACAAUCUGGACACCAUGGUGGCCCUUCUAAGAAGAAGCCAUGAGGAGGAGGAUAAGGAUGAGGAUCUCUCUGAAGAGGAUACCGAUACACUUUGGCAGGAUCACUCUGAUCGUGGACGCCAUCAGGGGCCUGAGGGGGGAGAGGAGGAGCUGCUGGUGGGGGACACCUGGAGAGAAAUCUGGAGGGAUGGUGGACCCUCUUACGACCGUGCGAAUAGAGAACUUGCACAGGAUUUAUCUGAUCAGUUUGCCAGCUUGGAAGCUCAGUCCUCAAUGUCUUUCCAAGAAUGUCUACGGCUCUUGGAAGACACCUUCCCCUUUGGAGAGGAGACAGAGCCGUCAGACCCAGUUGGCGUAGAUCUGAGGGAAACCAGCGGAGAGGACCCAACCCCUGACCGAGAGCUUCUUCUGUCCCCCCUGUCGUCCCACGGGGAUCCCUCCCUGGACUUGGAGCAGCAGUGGCAUGAUAUUCUUGCCAUCAUGGAGCCAGAAGAUAUGGACCUUGGCACAGAUGUAAUGCAAUCUGGAUCUAUUCAGAGUUCCAACUUGAUGGACCCCGUUCACCAGGAUGUCAGCCUUCAGCAGGCAAUCCUGCCCAGAAGCAGCCAGGAUAGUUACCCCUUCAACCCCAGCUUUGGGAGCAGUGUUCCCCUGGAGGCCCCACUCCAGCUAGCCCUGCUGAGUCCGUCCUCCAGCGUACCGAACUUUGACCUUAACUUGACCUUUGGCCCAUCUGACCUGACAGAUAGCGCCCUUCCUUUGGCACUCAAUGGCACAGUUGGCAACCCCAUGCCUUCCAUUCAGUCAAGUCUCUUUCUGGAGGAACCAGUCCUGCCUAGCCCACUCGGCUCCCUCUUGGAUGAUGCCUUGCUGGAUGAGCUUAGCUUCCAGGACCUGGCUCUGGAGGAAGGCUUCAACCCAACACAGGCCUCCCAACUUGAGGAGGAGCUAGACUCUGACUCUGGACUUUCUCUGACCUUCAGCCACAGCCCUGCAUCCCCUAGCGGCUCAGAGGCAUCCUAUUCCUCUUCUUCGUCCUCUUCAUCGUCUGACUCUUCUGUGUUUUCUGAAGAAGGGGCUGUGGGCUACAGCUCUGACAUGGAGGUUAUUGUGGAGCGAGAGGAGGGUGCUGUGGGAGGCUACUCCCCAGAAGUCAGCAAGAUGUACAGCACAAACUACCAGAAGCCUGGGCGUUUCAACAACCUCCCUUGGCUGGAACAAGUGGGCCACGACCAUACCUACAACCAGCCUAGGGCCACCUCUCCCAGGCAGGGAAAAUCCCUCAAGCUUCCAAAGUCGCGUUACAGCAAACCCUAUGAGCAUGACAUUUCCGAUAAGCUUUGGGGCCGUGAUGAGCGCCGGGCUCGCACCAUGAAGAUCCCCUUCUCCAACGAUCUCAUUGUCAACCUGCCCGUGGAAGAGUUCAACGAACUUCUGACCAUGCAUCGCCUCAGUGAGGCCCAGCUCAAACUGAUCCGAGACAUUCGCAGGCGGGGCAAAAACAAGAUGGCCGCUCAGAACUGCCGCCGGCGCAAGCUUGAUGUCCUGUUUGGGCUCGAAGAGGGGGUAGAAGGAUUAUGCCGCCACAAGGCCCGCCUGUUGAAGGAAAAGGCAGAGAACCUUCGCUCCGUCCGGGAAAUGAAGCAGCGGCUCAGUGCUCUGUACCAGGAGGUUUUUUCCCGUCUGCGGGAUGAGCAAGGAAGACCCUUGCCUGCCACUGACUACAGCCUCCAAUUUGGCAAUGAUGGACAGGUCCUGCUUGCUACACGGAACGGUUCAGCCAGUGAGCAAAACUGCAAGCCCCACAAGAAACAGAAGGAUGGAAAAAAGUGAAAAAACGAGUUGGGUGUGUAGUUUGGAGUCGAUUGACAAGGGGAUGGCUGUAAAGUUUCAAGAAUUUCUCACAAUAAGAGGGACCUGAAAAGGCAAAGAUGCAAGAGGAUGCUCUUCCUAAGUCGGUUAAUAUGCACUGAUGCGUUUAUUUUCUGGAAAGGACAUGUAGCACAAAUAUGAUCAUGCAAGAAUCUUGUGAGGGUCAUGGAAAAACAAAGGGAAAACCUGUCUCAGGAGCAGAAUAACUGUUGGGAGGACCCUGUCAGCUUUCCAAAGAAAUACAGUACAUAAAACACUAAAAGGUGACAAGGAAGAAGGGCUAGCCUAAGGCCUUCAGCCAAAAGACAAGACCGGGCCCUUAGCGCAAUGCGGGCACAUUGCUGUUCCGGUUUUCCAGUGCCUAUAUGUUGAGAGGUUGGGCCUAGGUUCCUUGAAGUCAUCACUCACAGGGCAGUUUAUUAGGUAUACAUCUAGUACCGGCUCAGACCCCCCUUUGUCUCCAGAACAACACAAACUCUUCUGGGCAUGGAUUCUACAAGAUGUCGGAAACUUUUGUUGCUCAAUUGGUAUCAAGGGGACCUAACGUGUGCCAGGAAAAACAUUCCCCACACCAGUACAGCACCUACACCAGCCUGUACCAGGCAGGAUGGUUCCAUGAAUUCAUGCUGCUUAUGCCAAGUCCUGACUCUGACAUGAGCAUGACGCAACAGGAACUGGGAUUCGGCAGACAGUGGUGGUGAUGGUGAUAACAUGCCCACUGGAGUCACUUGUUUUUAGCUAAUAUGUGUGGAACCCGGGGCAAAAGCCCAUCCGUGACAAGGAUCAACGAGUUGUGCGUUCCGAGAUGCCGUUCUGCACACCACUGUUGUACUACGGCGUGAUUUGUCUGUUUGUGGCCCAACUGUUAGCUUGCAUGAUUCUUGCAAUUCUCCUUUGACCUCUCUCAUGAACAAGCUGUUGUUGCCCACAGGACUGCCGCUGACUGGAUGUUUUUUAUUUAUUUGUCGCACGCUUCUCGGUAAACCCUAGACACCGUUGUGUGGGAGAAGCUCAGGAGGGUGGACGUUUGAGAUACUGGAUCCGGCGAGCCUAGCACCGACGAUCAUACCACGCUCAAAGUCACUUAGGGCACUCAUUGCCCAUUCUAAUGUCCAAUCAAAUAGUAAACGAAUGCCUCGGCCACAAGACUCACUGUCUGUAGGGAGUGAUCCAUUUUAAUGAACGGGGUUGUGUACGUAAAGAAAUUGACCGGUGAGUGUAUACCCAAGUAAAAAGGGUAAGACAGGGGAGCCUGGUUGAGAACAAAAGGGAACCAAAAAAGUUUGCUCCUGUCUAAAGCCUACCGAACACAAGUUGCCAUUAACUAGUAGUGAAGGAGUAGGAUAGUGCCUUUAGUAAAGCCUUAGUUACCCACACAGCUAUCUGUGGUUCUCAGGGGAUGUGACUGCAUGAUAUGGUACAAUGAUAUUCAGGAAAUAGACUAGUUUAAAGUACCUGGAAAUAGUAUCUACUCAGGCCCAGGGCCAACAAUAUUGUGUUAGUGAUAUGGUUGUGGACUUUUAUUUGUAACAAGUUGAAAUUGGAAUGCCUUUAUCACCAGUAUCCUAUUGGAAUACAACUGUUAAAGCUGCAUAAAAUAUCACAGCAUUUUCAAAAACAUUUUUAAAAAGUUUGAAAUGUAUUAAAUGCCACUACAAGUACUGUGAUUGUGUCCUCACACUACUGUUAAAAGCUUUGUCAAGCACUUUACAAGUGUCCAAUAUCAGCAAAAGAAAAGUAUUUAACAAAAACACUGAAUUGGAGGUGCUUUAUUGUAUUAUUGGUUUCAAAAGAACAUGAUUUUGUUUUAGGAGGUGUCCUCACCCCAUUUCUGUUUCAUACUUUUGAAUACUUGCUGGCAACCAAGGGAUGUUACUUUUGGGUGGAUAAAACAUCAACCUACAUCUCUUUUUGAUCCCUUAUUCCUUGACGAUUUAGUGAUAUUACAAAGAAUUCUAAUACGUAGUAAAAAAUUACAAGUUAACUUGCUUCCACAAAUAAUAUGAAACACCAUCGUUAACAAAAAAAGAUUUAUUGUCCAAAAACAUUUAAACAAGUGAAAGUAACCACUGCAAAAUGGUGACUGAUUGGAAAGCAAGAAACAUGCAACAAGAGAUGCAUCUUCAGUAGACACAAGAAAGAGCCAGAGACAAAAUAACUAAAAGCUUACAUAUGAGCCGCUUGACUAGGAUAUACUGUAUAUAUACAUACAUAUAUGUGUAUACAUAUAUAUAUAUACACACACACACAUAUAUAUAUAUACACACACAUAUAUAUAUAUACACACACAUAUAUAUAUACAUACAUACAUACAUAUAUAGAAAUCUUCCGGUCUGGUAUAUUAGAAAAGAUAUGCAGCCUUCUUAAAUGUGUCAUGUUAAAAUGAGCAGUAAAAUACCAAUGAAAAAUCAAUCCAAGGCAACAGGCUCUAUACCAGGGCUGUAAAACCCCUGGUAACGGUGGUUGUCUUCAGUACCUAAACAUUUCAAUGUUAGUCACCAUUAAAUCGGUUAAAUCGAUUAACAAUUUUUCAUACAAGCUAUUGUUAGCCAUGAUGAAUUAAUUCAAUUCAUUACUUUAACAAUGAAGGAUUCAAAAGAUGCCAGAAGAGGGAUAUUCAGACGCAAUAGAGCAGUGAACAAUUCUUCAAUUAAUCGAGAAGUAGCAAAGCCCCACAAACCAAACUUGAAUAUAACCCAACCCACCUCUGUGAGGGUGUCAGAUCUUUAAUUGGCAGCUCAUUUUAAUAUAACAGAUCCAGACACACCGAGAAUUAACAUCAGCGCUCAAAGGUAAAGUCUGAAAGUAGAAUUAGCUUGGAGAGGUCGUCUUGAUCUGGUCUUGCGAUUUCAGUUUGUCAGUUGUGUUAGAUGAAUAAAUUGCUAGAUUGAUCUAUAUUCCAUGGCUGCCAACACCUUGGAUAGAUUUACUUUACAGACCACCAUAAAACCGUUGUAUUUACUUUGAAUCACAAUAUAGACUACCUAAGGAUCCCUCAUCUGCAUUUAAAACAGGGAUUUAGUAAAACAGAAGUGCACGUGCAUAGACAAGGGAAUUCUCCUGUUCCUGGAGAGCUACUGUCAUGUACAGUUGAAGUCGGAAGUUUACAUACACCUUAGCCAAAUACAUUUCAACUCCGUUUUUCACAAUUCCUGACAUGUAAUCCCAGUAAAAAUGUCCUGCCUUAGUUUGGUUAGGAUCACCACCUUAUUUUAAGAAUGUGAAAUGUCAUAAUAAUAGUAGAAAGAAUGAUUUAUUUCAGCUUUUAUUAAUUUCAUCGCAUUCCCAGUGGGUCAGAAGUUUACAUACACUCAAUUAGUAUUUGGUAUCAUUGCCUUUAAAUUAUUUAACUUGGGUCAAACGUUUCGGGCAGGCUUCCCACAAUAAGUUAGCUGCAUUUUGCCCUAUUCCUCCUGACAGCUGGUGUAACUGAGUCAGGUUUGUAGGCCUCCUUGCUCGCACACACUUUUUCAGUUCUGCCCACACAUUUUCCAUAGGAUUGAGGUCAGGGCUUUGUGAUGGCCACUCCAAUACCUUGACUUGUUGUCCUUAAGCCAUUUUGCCACAACUUUGGAAAUAUGCUUGGGGUCAUUGUCCAUUUGGAAGACCAAGCUUUAACUUCCUGAGAUGUUGCUUCAAUAUAUCCACAUCAUUUUCCUUCCUCAUGAUGCCAUCUAUUUUGUGAAGUGCACCAGUCCCUCCUGCAGCAAAGCACCCCCACAACAUGAUGCUGCCACCACCGUGCUUCACGGUUGGGAUGGUGUUCUUUGGCUUCCAAGCCUCCCCCUUAUUCCUCCUAACAUAACGAUGGUCAUUAUGGCCAAACAGUUCUAUUUUUGUUUCAUCAGACCAGAGGACAUUUCUCCAAAAAGUACGAUCUUUGUCCCCAUGUGCAGUUGCAAACCGUAGUCUGGCUUUUUUUUAUGGCAGUUUUGGAGCAGUGGCUUCUUCCUUGCUGAGCGGCCUUUCAUGUUAUGUCGAAAUAAGACUUGUUUUACUGUGGACACAUACUUUUGUACCCGUUUCCUGCAGCAUCUUUACAAGGUCCUUUGCUGUUGUUCUGGGAUUGAUUUUCACUUUUCGCACCAAAGUACGUUCAUCUCUAGGAGACAGAACACAUCUCCUUCCUGAGCGGUAUGACGGCUGCGUGGUCCCAUGGUGUUUAUACUUGCAUACUAUUGUUUGUACAGAUGAACGUGGUACAUUCAGGCGUUUGGAAAUUGUUCCCAAGGAUGAACCAGACUUGUGGAGGUCUACAAUUUUUUUUCUGAGGUCUUGGCUGAUUUCUUUUGAUUUUCCCAUGACGUUAAGCAAGGAGUCACUGAGUUUGAAGGUAGGCCUUGAACUACAUCCACAGGUACACCUCCAAUUGACUCAAAUUAUGUCAAUUAGCCUAUCAGAAGCUUCUAAAGUCACUACAUAAUCUUCUGGAAUUUUCCAAGCUGUUUAAAGGCACAGUCAAUUUAGUAUAUGUAAACUUCUGUCCCACUGGAAUUGUGAUACAGUGAAUUAUAAGUGAAAUAAAUCUGUCUGUAAACAGUUGUUGGAAUAAUUACUUGUGUGAUGCACAAAGUAUGUGUCCUAACCAACUUGCUAAAACUAUAGUUUGAUAACAAGAAAUUUGUGGAGUGGUUGAAGAAAAUAGUUUUAAUGACUCCAACAUAAGUGUAUGUAAACUUCCGACUUCAACUGUAGGUUUUCAUCAACUCCCGUUUUAAUUGACCUGAUUCAACUUAUCAACCAGCUAAUUAUUAGAAUCAGGUGCGCUAGAUUAGGGUUCGAGCAAAAACCUAAAGGAUGGUAGCUCUUCAGGAACAGGGUUGGAGAGCCCAGGCAUAGACACUACAUUUUCCUCUGUGUAUACAUACCUCUUGGGAUAGAUUUGGUUGCAUUGCAAUGAAAAUAAAAAUGACAUUUGUUUUGUCCAUCCCUCAUCUUCGCAACCACAUUAAAACCAUGGGUCUUGACUGAGCCGAA